AUGGCCCCCAACCUCUUCCUCUGUCUGCGCACCCUGUGCUGCCCAUCCUACUGGUUCCAAAAGGGCGAACGCAUUGAUGGCAACGUGAAUCGCGAACAGCACUGGGAAAGCCCCGUUCCGGGAACCUACAAGUUCCUCCCCGGUCGGGGCUGGCAUCUUAUCCGGCGUGAUGGAUCCGACGAGGAUGAAAAGGUCCCCGCUGCUCUCGUUUACUGCCGCAUCCUCCACCGAUACAUGUUCGAAACCGAGCUCGAAGGUCGCUGCCGCUGGUUCUCGGCUCCGCUGCACAAGGGGAGUCCACCCGAGCAGCUCCGUUUCUUCCUUCUCGACGACGGCGUCCACUGGGUCGCUGGCUGGGAUGCCCAGGGACGGUUCAUCCCCGGUCCCUAUCCUAAGUGGUACCUUGAUGAGGAUGGAGAAACCAUGCGUCGUGGUGCCUCCCCUCCCACUAGUGCCAACGUGUCUCGGUGCAGCAGUGUCAUCGCUGGCAAGUUCGAUUGA